AUGCCUUCGAAAUGCUUUUUUGAGUUUGACCGCCCUGAACUUAUUUACUACAGUGGAGAAACGAUCAACGGACGAGUUACUCUCACAACAACGUCGGAAAAAUCCGUAAAUGUGAUUUACGUACUCUUCGAGGGAGAGUCAAAAGUUCAUUGGGGGGAAAGCAGGACUACGUCCGUAAAUGGUCAGACGCAACACUACACGCAGCAUUUCCGUGGUAAGCAGACGUACGUGAACAGUCGUACUAACGUCUUUGGAUCCGGAAACUUGCCAGCUGGAACGCACUCGUACUCCUUCGGCAUUCCACUGCCGCCGGACUGCCCCUCCUCAGUGGUGGGCCAGUACGGGAAGGUCAGCUACGAAGUCUCUCUGGUAGUCGAUCGCCAUUGGCGAUUCAACAAUGUCUUUAAAAAGUCUGUGACUGUCCUACAAACCUACAACCUGAACAUGAGUCCUGAAUUGCUGAUGCCUCUGGUACGGCAGGCAUCAAAGCACUACUGUCGUAGGACAUGCGAGAUAAAAACCGGUUUGAUCUGCCCUAAACCUUUUAACGGCAAUGCUCCUGGCCAAAAAAUUCUCUUCUACACUUCGAUAGUUACCGACCUCUACACCGUUCCCACAGGUCAUAUCAUGACGGACAGCUAUCGGGUGACGCCGGACAGUAAAGACGGACAGCGGCCAGACGGACAUGGCUAG